AUGAAGACUGCCUACAACGCCUAUCGAUGCCUGGCCAAGGAGGAUCUGGAUGCUUUCGCCAUGAACCCGGAGAUGACAAUGGACGGCAUGGGCGGCCUGCACGGCGCGCUGAGCGGCCAUGAGCACGAGCUGAUGAGCGGCCACAGCCCGCAUCACGCGCGCAGCAGCAGCACCACCACUUCCACGUCGUCGUCGUCGUUGCGGAUACACCAGGAUCUGGCGUCGCGCUCGGCCAUGGUGUCCGGCAUGGCGACCAUCCUGGAGGGCGCGGGGGAGUACCGAGCCGAGCUGUCUCUGCCGCUCCAUCACGGGAUGAGCAUGAGCGUGCCGUGCGACACGUCGCCCCCCGGUAUGGGCAUGAGUGGCACCUAUACCACGCUGACCCCCUUGCAACCUUUACCGCCUAUUUCCACGGUAUCGGACAAGUUCCACCAUCCUCAUCACCACCACCACCAUCAUCACCACCAUCACCACCACCAGCGGCUCUCGGGCAACGUGAGCGGGAGUUUCACGCUGAUGCGGGACGACCGGGCUCUGCCGGGUAUGAACAACCUCUACAGCGCGUACCAUAAGGACAUGAGCGGCGUGGCGCCGAGCCUGAGCCCGCUCGGUAACGGCUUGGGCUCGGUGCACGGUGCGCAGCAGAGCCUGCACGGCUACGGUGGCAACACCGGCGGCGGCGCUGGCGGCGGCCACGAUAAGAUGCUGGGCACCAACUUUGACGCGCACGCAGCCAUGCUGGCCCGCGGGGACCAACAGCACCUGUCCCGGGGCCUCGGCGGACCCGUGGCCAGCAUGAUGCCGCCGCAUCUAAACGGCAUGCACCCCGGCGCCGCCGUGCAUCACCCACACCCUCAUGCGCCCGUCCUGGCAGCGUCCGGCCGGGACAGGCCGCCCUCCUCCUCUUCCUCCUCCUCCUCCUCCGGUAACGGCGGCGUGGGGGCGCAGCACCAUCAGCAGCAGCAGCUCGAGGAGAUCAACACCAAGGAAGUGGCGCAGCGCAUCACCGCCGAGCUCAAGCGCUACAGCAUCCCGCAGGCCAUCUUCGCUCAGCGCGUGCUGUGCCGCUCGCAGGGCACCCUGUCCGACCUGCUGCGCAACCCCAAGCCGUGGAGUAAACUCAAAUCGGGCCGGGAGACCUUCCGCCGGAUGUGGAAGUGGCUGCAGGAGCCCGAGUUCCAGAGGAUGUCCGCGCUGAGGCUCGCAGAAGCAUGCAAAAGAAAAGAGCAAGACUCCGGCAAGGAGAGGAGCAAUACACCAAAGAAAUCACGCCUGGUUUUCACCGACCUUCAGCGGCGAACGCUAUUGGCCAUCUUCAAAGAGAACAAGCGCCCGUCCAAAGAGAUGCAGCUCACCAUCUCACAGCAGCUGGGACUGGAACUGAGCACUGUUAGCAACUUCUUCAUGAACGCGCGCAGGCGGAGUCUGGACAAAUGGAUGGAUGAAGGCAGUCCCGGCGCAGCCUCGUCCACUUCCAGCACUUGUACCAAAGUCUGA